CCCUCAUUAUAGUUUUAUUUUUACAGUGAUGCAAAAAUGGUUAUUCCUGGCUGAAUGUCAUGUCCAAAUAUUGUUAUUCCCUCGAAUCCCCACAAUCUCCAGUGUAACCUCCCUCAAGUUCUAUCAGGGAACUUCCAGAUAUCCACGAAAAUCCGAAAAAUGAGAUUACCCUGUUUAGUGAUCCGAUGAAUUCAUCGAUAUCCCAUAAAAUUUGGAGUCAACAAUGAAUGUUCAUCCAAGAACAUAAACAAUCUGAAUAAACUUGGAAACAAAUCGAGUGCAAGUACUUCAUCAAGAUGCCCUUCAAGUUUCACCUGAAGAAGUCCCGUCAGUACAACGUGGUCUCCAAGAACCAGUACGUCAUCUGCGUGGAACUCCUGGACCACACGUCGAUAGAAUGCACACUCUCAGUAGAGAGUCUGGGCCAAGAGUGCCUAGACAACAUAAUUCAACGACUGGGUCUCUCCCAGCCCGAAUUUUUUGGACUCCAGUACAUCUGGAGACAUAGUGACUCCUCCCUGCGUUGGAUCGACAUGGACAAGCCCUUGAAACGUCAACUGGAGAAGGAAGCCAAAGGUUUCAACCUCUACUUGCGUGUAAUGUACUACAUAACCGAUGUACAGCUGAUCCAGGACGAGAUGACGAGGUACCACUACUACCUCCAGCUGAAACACGAUGUCCUUGAAGGCAGGACCCAGUGCAAUGCUCGACAGGCAACACUUCUCGCCAGCUACUCCAUGCAAGCAGAAUUCGGGAAUUACGACUCUAUUAGACACACUGUCGAGUGCCUCCAGCAAUACAAUCUCUUUCCAAAAAUAGUCCUAGACACCGAGGAGGGUGGUAAAGAGGAGUUACUCACUUCAGCAAUUUGUCAGUACAAGAGCCUCUCAGGUGUAACUCAGGCUGUGGCUGAAGAAUUGUACAUUUCCAUCGCAAUACAGCUGGAGGGAUAUGGCCACGAAACAUUUACGGCUAAGGACGAGGGAAAUAAUCAAGUAAUCCUGGGAAUUUCCAUCAAUGGCAUUAUGGUCGUCAGUCCUGGCACGCAGACAACUCAAAUCUACAGGUGGAAGGACAUCAGCAAUGUUAUUAAUCAUAAAAAAACCUUCAGGAUAGAGUGCCAGACUGAACACGAAGAGGCGAAACAAUUUUUAUUCAGUGAAUCAAAGAAUGCCAAGUACAUGUGGAGGCUCUGCAUCGCACAGCACACGUUUUACAUGCAGCACCAGGAGUCCAGGCCUUGUGAGAGAAUAACUAGUUAUUUUGAGAGUGAUACCAAUGACUGCAAUGAGUCCACUGAGCAGGCGGCAUCUGUCAAUCUCGAGGGUAGAAUUCAGGAGGACAUGAGGUGGACUAGUUACAAUGAUCUGUCUGCAUCACCUUAUCCUCCCGUAUCUGUAUCCUCUACUGAGUUGAGCAAUUUGAGGGCUUUGCUCCCUUCGUACAGACCUGCUCCUGAUUAUGAAACUGCGGUUCAGAUGAAAUAUCAUAAUGGAAAUCCUAGGGAACCUUAUUAUGCUAAUCAGGAGACUAUUGUGGGGGCUGAGCUUAAUUGCUUGAUGGGAAAUGUCAGCAAUCCCGGGGGGUACUGAGAGGAAUCAUCCCGAGACUUUGCUUUCGUCUUUUCGGUGAUUGAUCGUGAAGGAAAUAAUACUUUGGUUUUGAAAAUAUUUUUUUUGUCCUAUCUUCCUGUUUAUGGAAGAUACUAGACUCUUCAUGCAGCAGAUAAUAAUGAAAAAAAUGCCUUCAGACAAUAUAUUUAAAAAAAAACAGUUUUCUAAAAUAUUAAAGUGCCUUUUACGAAUUAAAAAAAUUAGGUGCCCUGAAAGAAAAUUGGAAAACUAUUGUAUAUUGAGGAUUACUCAAUAUAUAAUUUAAAGGAAAUAUUUUCAUUAUAAUAUUCACAUCUCAUGAGUAAAUAAUCAAAAUUAUUUGAACUCUCAGAUAUCGACUUGUAAAAUUGAUAAAUUGAUAAUCCCUACAGAUCAAUUCUAUCAAGAGCACCAGUUGGCCACUGACAAUAAUCGUAAUGUUUUUUUUAAUAAAAUAUUUCAUCACAA